AUGAAAAACCACACAAGACCCACAGAAUUCAUUCUUCUGGGGCUAUCAGAUGAUCCAGAGCUUCAGAUUAUGACUUUUCUCUUCUUAAUUAUCACAUAUAUAUUAAGUGUCACGGGAAAUUUGACCAUCAUCAUUCUCACCUUGGUAGACUCCCAUCUACAGACACCUAUGUAUUUUUUCCUCAGGAACUUCUCCAUAUUAGAAAUUUCCUUUACAACGGUCUGCAUUCCUAGAUUUCUGGGCACAAUUAUCACCAGGGACAAAACGAUUUCCUACAAUGAUUGUACAGCUCAGUUGUUUUUCUUAAUUUUCUUGGGUAUCACUGAAUUUUAUCUUCUAACUGCCAUGUCCUAUGAUCGCUAUGUAGCUAUCUGCAACCCCCUGCAUUACACAAGCAUCAUGAACAACAGAGUCUGUGUAUUGUUUGUCUUUUGUGCUUGGCUGGCAGGGUUCUUAAACAUCUUCCCACCUGUUAUUCUUUUUCUCCAGUUAGACUACUGUGGUUCUAACAUCAUUGACCACUUUGCUUGUGACUAUUUCCCCCUCUUGCAACUAUCCUGCUCAGACACAUGGCUCCUUGAAGUGAUUGGGUUUUAUUCUGCAAUAGUGAUUCUGCUUUUUACUUUGGCAUUAAUAAUUCUAUCCUACAUGUUCAUCGUCAAGACAAUUCUGAGACUACCUUCUGCCAGUCAGAGAAAAAAGGCAUUUUCUACAUGCUCUUCUCACAUGAUUGUCAUUUCCAUCUCUUAUGGAAGCUGUAUAUUCAUGUAUGCUAACCCUUCAGCAAAAGAAAAGGCAUCCUUGAACAAAGGAGUUGCUAUUAUGAAUACUUCUGUUGCUCCUAUGAUGAAUCCAUUCAUAUAUUCACUGAGGAACCAGCAAGUGAAGCAAGCUUUCAAGGAUACCAUCCAAAAGGUCAUCUUUUUCUCCAGUAAAUGCAAGUGA